UGGGAAUAUGCUUUGAUCUUUGCCUACUUGAUCUUGGGUUUUGGGGCUCUAAUCUUUGUGAGGAGUUUUCGGGAUUUCUUAUUUUUCGUUUGGUUUGUCAAGCCUAUUUCUUUUGAGUUUUUGGUUUAAGCUCGUGAAUUAGAUUUCCUCUGGUGGAUAUUUGAGAAUGCUUUGAUAUUUGUCUGACUAAUUUCGUUUUUCUGAGCUUUAGUCCUUGAGUGCUUAUUGGGUUUUGCUGGGUUUUCAGAGUAAUUUUGAUUUUUCAAGCGUUCAUUUUUGUGGGUUUUGUAGUUUACGUUCGUGAAUUGUAGUUCAAGUGGUGGGUGUUUGCGGGGUUCAUGUAACUUACAAUGACUCUGGGAAUGCUUUGAUCUCUGUCUGACUAACCCUUUUUUAUUUAUUUAUUUUUUUUAUCCUUGAGUGGUUUGUUCGGUUUUUCUGGUUAAUGUAUUUUUUUUUUCAAGCUCUAAUUCUUGUGGGAUUUCUUAUUUCCAUUCAUGAAUUAAGACUACUUCCCAUACUUUUCUAUGUUAAUUACAUUUUUUAUAAGCCCUUUCUGUACUGGUCUUCCAAGUUUUUGCAGGAAGAUCAAAGGUGGGGUAUACUUUUGAGAAGGUGUAAACCGUAGAUAGGCAUGGCUAAUAAUGCAGCAGCAUGUGUUGAGAGGGCGACAAGUGACACACUGAUUGGUCCAGACUGGGCAAUAAAUAUUGAACUAUGUGAUAUAAUUAACAUGGAUCCUCGGCAAACAAAGGAUGCCUUGAAGCUACUCAAGAAGCGUCUGGGGAGCAAAAGUCCUAAAAAGCAGCUGCUUGCUCUUUUUGUUUUGGAGACCAUUAGUAAGAACUGUGGGGAAAACAUUUUCCAGAAAAUUGUUGAGCGAGAUAUCCUGAGUGAAAUGGUCAAAAUAGCAAAGAAGAAGACUGAUUUAAAUGUAAGGGAGAAAAUAUUAAUUUUGAUAGAUACAUGGCAAGAAGCAUUGGGAGGGCCCAUGGGAAGGUACCCACAGUACUAUGCAGCAUAUAAUAAACUCAAGGCUGCUGGAGUUGAAUUUCCUCCUACAGAGGAAAACAGUGUGUCAUUGUUUACUCCUCCACAAUCCCAGCCAAUAAGUCACCCUGAUUCACUAUAUGAAGAAGCUGCUAUUCAGGCCUCUCUUCAGACUGAUGAUUCUGGACUAAGCUUGCCAGAGAUUCAAAAUGCUCAGGGUCUGGCAAAUGUGCUGAUGGAAAUGCUUGGAGCCUUGGAUCCUCAAAAUCAUGAGGGAAUAAAGGAAGAAGUGAUUGUUGAUCUAGUUGAGCAGUGCCGUUCCUACCAAAAGCGCGUCAUGAAUCUUGUGAAGAAUACUGUAGAUGAAGAGCUUCUGUACAAAGGAUUGGCAUUGAAUGAUGACUUGCAACGUGUUCUUCGCCUGCAUGAUGAUAUUGCAAAGGGAAGCCUUCCAGUUCACCUGAAUCAUGGUAUUGUGAAGGGAAGCUUUCCAGCUGGAAUAGGAACUGUAGAAAAUUCAGUUGCACCUAUUGUGAACGUAAAUCACGAAGAUGAAGAGUCAGAAGAUGAAUUUUCACAGCUAGCACACAGGUCAUCUAGAGGUGCUUUAAAGGGACAGGGCCGACAAACAGCCAAUGCUGAGAAUGAACAUGUAGAAGUCAAGCCAAAUAAUAUUCCUCCCCGACCCUCGUUCCAGAAGUCUACUUCAGAUGCUGGAACGAUUGACUAUCUUAGUGGCGAUACCAAUAAUGCUGAAAUAUCUGCUGGAACUUCUGGAUCCAGAGCAUCUGCUGUCCCGAGUAGUUCACAGAACACAGACUCCACCCGACCAGUAUCAAGUCCAAUACCAUCUCCCUCCCCUCCCUCUGAUGACUUAAAUCCCACUGCGUCCAUGUUCAACAGGCAGCUUUUGUAUGAUGAGCCAGCUCCAGCGACCAAAUCCUCUGAUCGGCUGCCUCCAGCACCUUGGGAUGUUCAUGGUCCCAGCACCCUUCCACCCCCACCUUCCAAGUAUAACCAGCGGCAAAAAUUCUUCGGGCAACAGCAAACUUUCCCAGGCGGUGCUUCUCCCUCAAGUACUGGAUCCAGUUCCUCUUACGACAGCUUAUCUGGACGCACCCAACAUCUCUCUUUAAAUCCAUCACCUCCAAGCAAACAAGAGAAGCAGGAGGAUGCACUCUUCAAAGAUCUGGUUGAUUUUGCGAAAGCCCGGUCGACAUCUUCGUCGGCUUCCAAACCCAACAGAUCAUUUUAAGUACAUACUCCUGCAGAGAUAGCACAGAGCAUGUGGUACAGUUUUUUUAUUUCUACAGCUCUUGAUUCAUUAGGUUAAAUUUAUACCAUUGGAGACUAUGAAUAAAUUUGCGUAACUCAGAAUUCGGGAUUGGGAUUGGGUACACAGCAAAAGGGUAAUGAACUGCUUAUUUAUAUAUGUAUGUAUGUUUGUGUGUAUGUGAAUCUAUGGAUGCAGAUUGCUUUCUUUGAUUCUGAUGUGGCCCAUUUUGAGCCUUUGUUGUUA